AUGUUCGUCAAGAAGCGUGAUGGCCGCACCGAGAAGGUCAUGUUCGACAAGAUCACCUCGCGUGUCAACAAGCUCUGCUACGGCUUGAACUCGGACUAUGUUGACGCUGUUGAAAUCACACAAAAGUACUGGGAUUGCUGGGGGAAUGGGAUGCUGACCCCCGGCGCCGAGACUGACGCCAUAACGUUCGCACCUGUCUACCCCGGCGUGACCACCGUCGAGCUCGACACGUUGGCUGCCGAGACGGCCGCGUACCUCACGACCAAGCACCCCGACUAUGCCAUUCUGGCUGCACGCAUUGCCGUGUCCAACCUGCACAAGGAGACCAAGAAGCAGUUUUCGAGCGUGAUGCGCGACCUGUACGAGUACCAAAACCCCAAGACUGGCAAGCCCGCCCCGCUGCUCGCCGACGACGUGUACGAGAUCAUCCAGCGCAACGCCGACAUUCUGGACUCUGCCGUCAUCUACGAUCGCGACUUUAGCUACUCGUACUUUGGCUUCAAGACCCUCGAGCGCUCGUACCUGCUCAAGCUCCACGGCAAGAUUGCCGAGCGUCCCCAGCACAUGCUCAUGCGCGUGGCUGUGGGCAUUCACAAGGAGAACAUUGAUCUCGUGCUCGAGACGUACAACCUCAUGUCUGAAAAGUGGUUUACGCACGCCUCGCCCACGCUGUUCAACUCUGGCACGCCCCACCCGCAGCUGUCGUCGUGCUUCCUCCUCACCAUGAAGGACGACUCGAUCGAGGGCAUCUACGAGACGCUCAAGACCUGCGCCAUGAUCUCGAAGACGGCCGGCGGCAUUGGCCUCAACGUGCACUGCAUUCGCGCGUCUGGCAGCUACAUUGCCGGCACGAACGGCCACUCGAACGGCCUGGUGCCCAUGCUCCGCGUGUUCAACACGACUGCACGCUAUGUGGACCAGGGUGGCAACCGCCGCCCCGGUGCCUUUGCCAUGUACCUCGAGCCGUGGCAUGCCGACGUGUUUGACUUUUUGGAGCUCAAGAAGAACACUGGCAAGGAGGAGCAGCGCGCCCGCGACCUCUUCUUUGCGCUGUGGAUUCCCGAUCUCUUUAUGAAGCGCGUCGAAGCCGACGGCAACUGGUCGCUCAUGUGCCCCCACGAGUGCCCCGGCCUGGAGGAGACGUACGGCGACAAGUUUGAGGAGCUGUACACCCGCUACGAGCGCGAGGGCAAGGCCCGCAAGGUCAUCAAGGCCCAGAAGCUGUGGUUUGCCAUCCUCGAGUCCCAGACGGAGAGCGGCACGCCGUACAUGCUGUACAAGGACGCCUGCAACAUCAAGUCAAACCAAAAGAACCUCGGCACGAUCAAGUGCUCCAACCUUUGCACGGAGAUUGUCGAGUACAGCUCGCCCGACGAAGUUGCUGUCUGCAACCUUGCCUCGCUGUCGCUGCCCAUGUUUGUCCGCUCAGACCGCACGUACGACUUUAAGAAGCUGCACGAGAUCACCCAAGUCGUCACCAAGAACCUCAACCGCAUCAUUGACAUUAACUACUACCCCGUGCCCGAGGCCGAAAAGUCGAACAUGCGCCACCGCCCGAUUGGUCUGGGCGUUCAAGGCCUGGCCGACGCCUUUAUCCAGAUGCGCGUUCCUUUCGACAGCGAGGAUGCCAAGAAGCUCAACCGCGAGAUUUUCGAGACCAUCUACCACGCCGCCCUCACGGCCUCGGUCGAGAUGGCCAAGAAGAGCGGUCCCUACGAGACGUACGCCGGCUCUCCGGUCAGCCAGGGCAUUCUGCAGCACGACAUGUGGGGUGUCAAGGAGACGAGCGGCCUGUGGGACUGGGACGCGCUGCGCGCCCAAAUUGCCCAGCAUGGCAUUCGCAACAGUCUGCUUGUUGCUCCCAUGCCCACAGCCUCCACUGCUCAGAUUCUCGGCAACAACGAGUCGAUCGAGCCCUACACUAGCAACAUUUACACGCGCCGCGUGCUCUCUGGCGAGUUCCAGAUUGUCAACCAGCACCUGCUGCACGAUCUCAUGGAGCUUGGUCUGUGGAACGACCGCAUGAAGAACAAGAUUAUCUCUCAGGGCGGCUCGAUUGCCGGCAUUGAGGAAAUCCCCGCCCACAUUCGCGCCCUGUACAAGACUGUGUGGGAGCUGUCCCAAAAGACGCUCAUUGACAUGGCUGCCGACCGUGGCGCCUACAUUGACCAAAGCCAAUCGUUCAACGUGCACAUUGCCGAGCCCAACUUUGGCAAGCUCACUUCGAUGCACUUUUACGCAUGGAAGCGCGGCCUCAAGACCGGCAUGUACUACUUGCGUACUCGGCCUGCUGCUAACGCCAUCCAGUUUACUGUCGAUCAAAAGGCCCUCGCCGCACCACAAAAAGUGGACGAGGAGGCAGCCAUGGUCUGCUCUCUGCAGAACAAGGAGGCUUGCCUGAUGUGCAGUGGUUAA